AUGCCAAAAGCAAAAGGAAAACAAAAACUGAAGAAAGGAACUAAGAGAAAAUCUGGGAAGGGUAAACGCAAAGGUCGGUCAUUUAGGCAGAAAAAGCCUAAACAUGAAAUUGAUAUUAUGAGCCUAUGUGCCAUGGAAAACUUAUACUACAUCGCGCACAAUGCACCAAGUGCAUUGAUGUAUCGUGGUUUUUGUUGGCCAAGGUUAAAACCAAAACGAGCUUUUUCCAUAGCAUGUGCAAAUAAAAUUGUUACUAAAACCUAUUAA